AUGGUUCGCUGGUUUGCAUUCAUUUUGGGGGUGGCUCUUAUUAAGGGCCUGGUUGCCCUUAGCCCAGUCCCAAUACCCGAAGAUGAAUGGGCAGAGUUUGCGGCGAUGUUGAGCGAUCCUCAAUACCGCCUUCCCACAUCUUCCAGGCCACAACGUUACGAAGUAACCCUUACACCUUACUUUGAAACCGUACCUUCUAACAAUAUUCAACCAUUCACCUUCGAAGGAAAUGUUGUUAUUUAUACAACAAUGACCGAAUCGACAAAUGAAAUUGUUUUGCAUUGCAAUGAUCUAACUAUCCAUCAGCUAACGUUAGAAUUGAACGGAGUAGCUGUUCCUUUAGCGACAAAUACUUUCACUUGUGAAAUGCCCUAUAGCUUUUUGAGGAUUCGUGCUAAUUCUGCAUUGCAAACUGGUCGUCAAUAUGUCAUAAGAUCAUCCUUUACUGGCAGAUUACAAGAGAAUAUGCGUGGUUUCUAUAGAAGUUGGUAUGUCGACCGUUCGGGUAACAGAAGAUGGAUGGGAACCACACAAUUCCAGCCAGGUCAUGCUCGACAAGCAUUUCCGUGUUACGACGAGCCUAGCUUCAAAGCCCUCUUUGACAUUACGAUAAUCAGGGAGCAGGGUUUUAGCCCGACCAUAUCUAAUAUGCCUAUCAAAACUAGUACAGUAAUCGCAAGUAACAAUAGAGUUUCCGAAACAUUCCACACUACCCCGCUAACAUCAACCUAUUUGCUCGCUUUCAUUGUUUCUCACUAUGAGGUCGUAGCGACAAACAAUGAUACUGUAAGACCCUUUCACAUCUAUGCUCGAAACAACGUUGGUACUACCGGACAGUGGUCUCUGGAUAUCGGUAUCAAGCUUUUAGAUGCCAUGGAAGAAUAUACCCAAUACCCAUACUACGAAAUGGCUGACUAUUUAGACAUGAAACAGGCGGCUAUUCCUGAUUUCUCUGCCGGUGCAAUGGAAAACUGGGGAUUGCUUACUUACAGGGAAGCGAACAUCCUCUAUGAUGAGCAGAAUUCUAACCACUUUUACAAACAGCGAAUUGCAAACAUUGUAUCCCAUGAAGUAGCUCACAUGUGGUUCGGUAAUUUGGUCACCUGUGCUUGGUGGGAUAAUUUGUGGCUCAACGAGGGAUUUGCUAGAUUCUAUCAAUAUUAUCUCACUCAAAUGGUGGCUCCGGAAUUGGAUUACAAUACAAGAUUUAUUGUAGAACAACUUCACGUAGCAUUGCUGGCUGAUUCGGUCGAUUCCGCACAUGCUCUCACAAAUCCUGAUGUCAGUGAUCCAACCAGUGUCAGUGCUCACUUUUCCACCAUCACAUACGCCAGAGGCGCUGCAAUUUUGCGAAUGACUCAAUAUUUAAUGGGUGAAGACACAUACCUUAAAGGUCUUCGUAGCUAUUUGAAGGAAAGGCAGUUUGAUGUAGCGGAGCCUCAUCAUCUUUUCCGAGCUUUGGACGCGGCUGCCGCUUCGGAUGGUGCCCUCUCGUCUUACGGCGGCAUCACAAUUGAUUCCUACUUUAGAUCCUGGUCUGAAAAAGCUGGUCAUCCACUCCUUACUGUUAAUGUUGACCAGGCAACAGGUCGUGUUACAGUAACACAGGCCCGAUGGGAGAGAGAUACUGGUGUAUCUCAAUUUACCGGUACAUGGGAGAUUCCCAUCACCUGGACGCGGGCUGGGUCACCAGAUUUCAAUAACCUCAAACCAAAUUUCGUGAUGACAGCACAAGCUAUAUCAUUCGACACUGGUGCCAGAACACCACAAUGGGUCAUUUUUAACAAGCAACAAUCAGGCUUCUAUAGAAUAAAUUAUGAUCGCAAUAACUGGGUUUUAUUGACCAGAGCUUUAAGAAGUAACGGAAGAACAACGAUUCACGAGUACAAUAGGGCCCAGAUUGUUGAUGAUUUGUUCAACUUCGCACGAGCUGGAUUGAUGACGUAUGAUAGAAUUUUCAACAUACUUUCAUUCUUGGAAUUCGAAGAUCAAUACUCACCAUGGAUUGCCGCCAUCACUGGCUACAACUUUGCAUUGAGACGUUUAGCUCACGAUUCCGCUAAUUUAGCUAGAUUGAGGAAUCAAAUCUUAAACUCCAGCAAGGCCAUCGUGGCUAGACUUGGCUAUGAGGAAAGGCCAGGCGAAUCAUUUAUGGAUGGAAUACUGAGAAUGUACUUAAUGACAUUCCUGUGCGAUGUUGGGGAUGCACAGUGUGCGACGGUCGCUAGAACUUACUUCCAACGUUGGAAAGAAGGACAGCACGUGCCAGCAAAUAUGCGUCCAUGGGUAUACUGCAGUGGUCUCAGACAAGGAAAUGCUGACGACUUCAACUAUUUCUGGAAUAGAUAUUUAAAUGAGCAAUUGGCCAACGAGGUAGUAGUGCUGCUCCAAGCGGCUGGUUGCACAACCGAUACAGGAAGUCUUGAAGCGUUCCUUAAUGCGAUCGUUGAUGGACAACAGACUGUUAGGCCUCAGGAUCAUUCAACAGCUCUGAAUUCAGCCACCACUGGUAAUGAAGAGAAUACAAUGAAAAUGUUCGACUGGUUGAAGAGAAACCUCAAUCAAGUUAUUGCUGGGCUUGGCAGUGCAGCGACACCUGUUAGUAAUAUUGGAUCCAGAUUAUUAAACGAGGCGCAAAUUGCAGAGUUCCAAAGUUGGCUUGAUCAGAACCGCGUUGUAUUAGGUACUGCCUAUAACACAGGCAUCAAUGCAAUCAGCACAAGCCGCAAUAACUUACAGUGGUCCAGCCGGAGAUUGUCUGAAUUCGUCACUUUCUUCAACAACGGAUAUGUUGAGGAAACUUUAGAUUUUGAAGAAAACGAGGAUAAUGACGAUAACGAAUCCGGUGGAGGCGAUAAUGAAUCCGACGGUGGCGAUAGUGUCGAUGAAGACCAAGAUCAAGGAAGUUCAGCUAAUAUUGCAGUACUGAGCGUGGUUACGCUUCUGAUUACUGUAUCUAUUAAUUUUAUGGCAUAA